CGCCCUUGAAUUUGGACGGCAAGGUCCAGGUCGUCCAUUGCCGAAACUAUAUUCGUCUUUCCAAGGCUUUUUAGUUGGUGCUGUAUUAGAAACAAGGCCAGACCACAGACUACAGAGAGCCUGAUAAGUAGAUCUGAGAUCAUCCUCUCUCUCUCUCUCUGUGGUAAAAGAAGCAGAGAGAGAGAGAGAUACUAAACAAUGGGAUCAGUAGCAAAGAAGGGGUUGCAGCAGUAUUUGCUUCAGCUUCAGAAACAUCCGUUGAGAACUAAGGCGAUAACCGCCGGAGUGUUGUCGGCAGUCAGUGACAUAGUGGCUCAAAAACUCUCGGGCAUUCAGAAGCUUCAACUCAGGCGCCUUCUCCUCAAAGUGCUUUUUGGAUGUGCCUAUCUUGGACCAUUUGGGCAUUUUCUUCAUAUAUUGCUGGACAAACUUUUCAAGGGGAAGAAGGACACAAAAACAGUAGCUAAGAAGGUGGUGUUGGAACAGUUGACAUCUUCCCCUUGGAACAACCUGCUUUUCAUGAUUUACUAUGGGCUGGUUGUCGAGAGUAGACCCUGGAGCCAUGUGAAAUCUAAAAUCAAGACGGAGUAUCCAAAAGUGCAGUUUGCGGCAUGGACAGUUGGGCCAGUAGUGGGGUGGGUAAAUCACCAGUACAUACCUCUGCAGUUCCGAGUUAUCUUCCACAGUUUCUUUGCUUUUGGCUGGGGGAUAUUCUUGAAUCUUCGAGCGAGGUCUAUGGUGCUUCCAAAAGCUUAAGCAUAUGAAAGGGAUUUGUCAACGCCUACAAUUGCGUUUUAUGUAGUUCAAAGAUUGCAAGUUUCUAUCAGAGCUCAUAUAAGUAGAAGAAUGGUUGACGCUCUUGGAGCAACCAUGUACUCAUAAUGUUAGAUCUAUUAGUUAUUAUGUUGGAUUUACAGUGACUAUGAAAUUGAGGUUCUCAACUAGGGUAUUUCUGCUGUUUGUUUUUUGUCGAUUCAACUUCUGUUGAUCGCUGUUGUCCUGUAUUUAUACUGGAUUUUCAGCUAGAAUUAUCAGAAAAAAUCUGAGACGCUUUGUUAUGUUUCCUGUGUGCAUGUUAUCUGCAGCACAACAUAUAAGUAUGAUGUUGUGAUAUAUUAUCG